GGGAUAAAUUUGGUGAUUUGAAACUUAAAGAUACCGUAAACGAAGUGCUUGUUCCAUCUUAUAAUAUCACCAAGAAUGCAUGUACUUUCUUUACAAAUAUGUGCCCUGAAUUUGAGGAAUAUCACAUAAAAGAUGUGAUACGAGCAAGUUCAGCCGCACCUACCUACUUUCCUGCUAAAAGAAUAGAAAAUGAUCAAAUGAGAUACAUAGAUGGUGGUGUUUUCAUGAAUAAUCCGACGGCUAAAGCGUAUCUUGAAGCAAAAAGAAAAUAUCCAGAUAAGAAAUUUGUAGUAGUUUCCCUUGGCACAGGAUUCUAUGAAGAAUCAUUAGAGUCUCUUGCAACGGGUGGCACCAUUGAUUGGAUAAAACCCUUGAUCGAACUUUUGAUGAAUGUGGGAUCCAAAAAUGUAGAAAAUACUAUGAAUACUAUUUCCGAACUAGAUGGCAUAUCUUAUUAUCGGUUUCAACCGAAAUUAAACGAAGAAGUAGCCUUGGAUGCAACUGGAAAUCAUGAUAUUAUGGAACUUCAAGAAAUAGCUGUGAAAAUUACCAACGAUCCUAAAUUUGAUGAAUUAAUCAGUAUGCUUGUUGAUAAAUGUAAACUCAAAGAGGGGUUCUAA